GCUGGCAGUUCCCUCGGCGGAGCUGACUGAACUGUGGGCUCAAGCUCCGGGGCUCUCUUCGACCCUCUUCCGUCGCGCGCCCUGGGGCUGCUGGAGGAGGGGACCCUGGAAAGAGGCGGAGUCGGAGGAGGGGUAGGAGUGGGGAGCAAUAGAAGGAAAAGGUGCUAGGCUGAGGAGUGGAUGCGGGAAGCGCUGCAGCAGCCAGCGACAUGGCGAAUAUGGCCUCGGAGAUCAUCGCCUUCCUAGUAUCUAUCUCCGGCUGGGUGCUGGUCUCCUCCACGCUGCCCACCGACUACUGGAAAGUGUCCACCAUCGAUGGCACGGUCAUCACCACUGCCACCUAUUGGGCCAAUCUGUGGAAGACAUGUGUCACCGACUCCACGGGUGUCUCUAACUGCAAGGACUUCCCCUCCAUGCUGGCGCUGGACGGUUAUAUCCAAGCAUGCAGAGGAUUGAUGAUUGCUGCUGUCAGUCUGGGAUUUUUUGCCACCAUAUUUGCACUGUUUGGAAUGAAGUGUACAAAAGUUGGAGGCUCAGAUAAAGCCAAAGCUAAAAUUGCUUUUUUGGCUGGAACCGUGUUCAUUGUUUCAGGACUGUGUUCUAUGACAGGCUGCUCCCUAUAUGCAAAUAAAAUCACAACUGAGUUCUUUGACCCUCUUUAUGUUGAACAAAAAUAUGAAUUAGGAGCUGCUUUGUUCAUUGGAUGGGCAGGAGCUUCACUUUGCAUAAUUGGUGGUGUUAUAUUUUGCUUCUCAAUAUCUGACAAUAGCAAGACACCCAGAAUGGCAUAUACAUACAAUGGGGCGACAUCUGUUUUGUCUUCUCGGCCAAAGUACCAGAGUGGAGAAGAUUUUAAAAACACAAGCUCUUCGAAACAGUUUGAUAAAAAUGCUUAUGUCUAACCAGCACUGGUACAAAUUACAAACCCAAGUUUGUCAUUAAAAUGUGAACUGUUCAUAGAGUGAUUUCCAUCAAGGUUCCACUGUAAUUAACACAAGCUAUUUUUAAAAUAUGAAUUGUAGCAUUGUUGAUUUUAUGGAUGUAAAUUUUCUUACAUAGUUAUGUACUGAUCAUUCUCUGUUGCAGCUUUCUUAUAAAAAAAUAAACAGGUUUACUUACCAGGUA